GGGCAUACAUAAUGCCAUGCACAGUAGGCCACUUAAUAAAUGACUCCUGGGAUCAGAUUAACCCAUUCCUACUUUCAACCAGGAACUUGGAAAGCAAUAGUGGCUAAGCCCUGUGGUAAUCGUGAGCCAUCCCUUCCCUCUGGGCCUCUUAACCCUUGGAUUUGCCCACAGGAGGGGAUGCUACAGCACUGGGAGCUGGGCCAGGCUCUGCGACAGCGCUACCAUGACUUCCUCAACACCUCUUACCACCGGCAAGAGGUUUAUGUGCGAAGCACAGACUUUGACCGGACUCUCAUGAGUGCCGAGGCCAACCUGGCUGGACUCUUCCCUCCCGACGGGAUGCAGCGCUUUAACCCAAACAUCUCUUGGCAGCCUAUCCCCAUCCACACUGUGCCCAUUGCCGAGGACAGGCUGCUGAAGUUCCCAUUGGGCCCAUGUCCCCGUUUUGAACAGCUGCAGAACGAGACCCGGCGGACACCGGAGUAUCAGAAUGAGAGUAUUCAGAAUGCACAAUUUCUGGAUAUGGUGGCCAACGAGACAGGGCUUACAGACCUGACACUGGAGACCGUCUGGAAUGUCUACGACACACUUUUCUGUGAGCAGACACACGGGCUGGUCCUGCCGCCCUGGGCCUCGCCCCAAACCAUGCAGCGUCUGAGCCGGCUAAAGGACUUCAGCUUCCGCUUCCUCUUCGGGAUCUACGAGCAGGCAGAGAAGGCCCGGCUGCAGGGGGGAGUCCUGCUGGCUCAGAUACGGAAGAACCUGACCCUGGUGGCAACCACCUCCCCUCUCCCUAAGCUGCUGGUCUACUCUGCGCACGACACCACCCUGGUUGCUCUGCAAAUGGCGUUGGAUGUCUACAAUGGUAAACAAGCCCCCUACGCGUCCUGCCACAUAUUUGAACUGUACCAGGAAGAUACCGGGAAUUUCUCAGUGGAAAUGUACUUUCGGAACGAGACUACCAAGGCCCCCUGGCCGCUGAUCCUGCCUGGCUGCCCUCACCGCUGCCCGCUGCAGGACUUCCUCCGCCUCACAGAGCCUGUUGUGCCCAAGGACUGGCAGCAGGAGUGCCGGCUGGCAAGCAGUCCUGCAGACACAGGUGUUCCAGCUUACUCGCUGGUACAAGCCACCACUUGGAGCCAGCCUUUCCACUUACACUCUGGGUCCAUCUCUUCUCACCUCCACACGGACCCUGGUGCUCAGUGUUACCGCUCUACUGGAUCAGUGUCAUCUCAAAGCCUAAGAAAAACCUCUUUGGCCCACGUCCUUCUCCAGCUGUCACUCCUUUUCUCUCUCCCCUUUUCGGGUGUAAAAUCCUUCAAAGGCUUGCCUAGACUCUGGUGUCACUGCGUCACUGCCCAUUCUCUCAGACUCACACCAGACAGUCUUAUGUCACCUGCCACUCCACGGAAGCCCCUCUUGUCAAGGACCAAUGACCUCCUCUUACCAAAGCCAGUGACCAAUUCUUAGCUUCUCUCACCUCUCAGCAUUACAGAAUCGAUUACUCCUUCCUUAAAUACUUUCUUGGCUUCUCUGGUUUUUCUCCUAACUCACAGGCAGCUUCCUUUACUAGCUUCUCCUCCCCACUAACCAGUGGAUGACCCAGGGCUCAGCCUCGCUCUUUCCCCAUCCAUGCCUGCUCCCAAGGUGAGCUUACCCAGCCUUAUAGCCUUAUAUACCAUCUCCAUGCUAAGUUCUGUCUUUUUAUGACUCACAGAUUCAUGACCUCUUCUCUGAGCUGCAGGUUCACAUAUCCAGCUGCUGACUUGAGGUCUUUACAUGGAUGUCAACUAAGGCAUGUCACAGUUGAAGUCUAAAUCCAAAUGCUCAAAAAUCAGUCAAUCCAAAUGCUCUUCCCCCAAAUCUGCUCUUCCUCCAGGCUUCCCCACCUUAGUAAAUGCCACAUUAGCCACCUAGGUGUAUAGCAUAACCCAAAGCGCUAUCCUGAAUACCCUCUUCCUCAGACCCCACCUCCAAACCACUAGCAGAUCCUACCAGCCCAAUUGUUAAAGUACACGCUCUUGCUCCCUAGCCCAGUCUACCAUCAUCUCUUGCCUGAAGUACUGAAAAGCUUCCUAACGUUCUUUCUGAUUCUGUUCUUGGCCCUACCAGUGAUUCAGCACAACAGUUAAUUUUUUUAAACAUUAAUCAGUUCACAUCACUACCCUUCUCAGAAUCUUCCAGUGGCUUCCCAUUACAUUUGGAAUAAAACCCAAGUUCUUGGGCUUCCCUGGUGGCGCAGUGGUUAGGAAUCCACCUGCCAAUGCAGGGGACACAGGUUCGAGCCCUGGUCCGGGAAGAUCCCACAUGCCGCAGAGCAACUAAGCCCGUGCACCACAGCUACUUAGCCUGUGCUUUAAAGCCCGCGAGCCACAACUACUGAGCCUGCGAGCCACAACUACUGAGUCCACGUGCCACAACUACUGAGCCCGUGUGCCUAGAGCCCGUGCUCCACAACAGGAGAAGCCUGCACACCACAACGAAGAGUAGCCCCCGCUCCCGCAACUAGAGAAAGCCCGCACGCAGCAACGAAGACCCAACACAGCCAAAAAUAAAUAAAUAAGAUAAAUAAAUAAAUUCAAAAACAAAAAAACCCCCAAGUUCUUUACCAUGGCCUCCAGGCCCUACUUGGUCUGGUCCUCUGCCUUCAUCUCCUGUGCUCAUGUGUUCUGCUCUAGCGAUACUGACUUUCUUGCUGGUCCUAGAACAUGCCAAGCUAAUUCCCUUCUGCAUUUGCUUCCCGUCCACCCCCCCACCCCCCCACCCCCGGCCUCAGGACACUCUUCUCUCGGAUCUUUUGUAUGUCUCAGUGACUCCAGGUCUCUGUUCAAAUGGUCACUUUCUCAGUGACACCUUCCCUGACUGACCUACCUCUCCAUCAUUUCCCCCUUACCUUGCUUUGUUUUCCUUUAUGGCAUUUGCCACUAAUCCAUCAUGUCUAUCAUUUGCCUGUCACGGCAUCUCCUCUCCUAGAAUGUAAAAUCUACAAGGGAGCCUUUGUCUUGGCCACCUGUGAUACCCCCAUUGUAAGAACAGCACCUGGCAUGCGGUAGGCACUCAGGUAUUUGUUGAAUGAACGCUGACGUGACUUUUCUCCCGCCCCGC